UUCAGGGCAGCUCAACAGUAAAUUGCCUUUCGUCUGCUUUCAUACAUCCGUCGUACCCUCGAACGGGUGUCGCAUGGUCCUACCAUGCUCUUCCGCCGAUGGGCUUAUAUUCUGAGUCUCUCGGCCUGGCAUCACUUCCCUGGCGUCAGAGCAGGCGCCAUUGACGAACCUCGCGACCACGAAACCUACGAUAGUCACCUUUCAGAUCAAGCAGUGUUCUCAGGUCUCUGUCCAGACUAUACCACCUAUGCUCGUCAUUUCCACAACCCUCUGAGCGCAGGACCUCUAAAACUGCCCUACCAGCGACCGCAUCCCCACUGUCGCAAGUUCUCUUCGCCUGCAGUAGAACAGGUCAUUGAAGAUUUAUACCCUCAGAUCAAAGACCCCGACCUAGCACACAUAUUCCGAAAUGCAUUCCCAAACACGCUCGACACUACGGUUCUCUGGCAUGUUGACGGCGUCAAAACACACGCCGAAAAGUCGAGGCUAGUACGAGACAGGGGAAAGUGGGAAGGCGCGCAAUCUUUCAUUGUCACGGGCGACAUCAAUGCAGAAUGGCUACGAGACUCGACGAACCAACUAGCCCAAUAUCAAUCCCUGGCCAAAACUGCACCGGACAUUUCCAACCUCCUCCUGGGCGCGAUCAACACCCAAGCCGAAUUUGUAAUUGCUUCACCCUACUGCAACGCCUUCCAAGCGCCCGACCCAGCACGUCUACCUCCCGCCCACUCAGGACAGGACGACUCCGUCCACCCGGCGUACGAGCCAAGCGUGGUUUUCGAGUGUAAGUACGAAUUGGACAGCCUGGCCAACUUCCUCUCCCUCACCAACCAGUACUACGCCUCGACCGGUUCGACCGCCUUCCUAUCUAACCGCUGGUACAAAGCUCUCGAAGCCCUGGUGCACGUCCUCCACGAACAGUCUCGCCCGACAUUCGACACCGACUUUGGCACCUAUGAACGCAACGAAUAUACAUGGAACCGCUGGACGCGCAUCGGCACGGAGACACUCGCUCUCGAGGGAACAGGCAAUCCACAAGGAAAUGGCACCGGCCUCGUCCGCUCCGCGUUUCGCCCCUCGGACGACGCCACUAUCUUCGCCUUCCUCAUCCCCGCAAACGCCAUGAUCUCCGUGGAGCUAGCACGCGCGGCGACAAUGUUGAGGUCAUCGAUGAGCGAGUUUUCCACCGCUGAUGCUGCAGGCAUGGAGCGCGUCGCGGAUAUCCUUGAUCGCCACGCCGAAAGCAUCAAAGCAGGCAUCUACAAGCACGCGGUCAUCACGCACCCAGAAUUCGGCGAAGUGUUCGCCUACGAAGUCGAUGGGUACGGCUCACAUCUGCUCAUGGACGAUGCGAACAUCCCGUCGCUGCUUUCUCUGCCGCUUCUCGGCUUCGUCGACGCCUCGGACAAAAUCUACCAAAACACGCGGCGCAUGAUCCUCACGCAGCGCGGCAACCCGUAUUUCCUGACGGGGACGAAGUUCUCCGGCAUCGGCGGCCCGCAUAUCGGCCUGCGCAACGCCUGGCCCAUGUCUGUACUCGUGCAGGCCAUGACGAGCACUGACGACGCCGAGAUUGUCGAGUGCUUGGACAGAGUCAAGAAGGUGAGCAUUUUCGGGUUGAUCAACGAGAGUCUCGACGUGCAUCGUGGCGUGAGGCAGAAUGGUGAUGGCAUGACGCGCAGUUGGUUCGCGUGGGCGAAUAGCGUGUUCGCGCAGACGGUGCUGUGGCUUGUCGAGAACAAGCCUGAGUUGAUUCUCAAGGAUGACGCAGAGAAGAAGAGGUAUAAAGUCGGGGUGGGCUGGGUUGAUUGAGCACGAUAGCAACUGCCGAAAAGCAGCAGGUGAUACAAAGUGAUUGUUGUGCAAGGAGUUCGGGCGUCGCGGAGUGUCAAUAGUGGAUACAUAGGUGUCAAAAGAGGACACACAGAACAAGGAAUCAGUGACAUGCAU